GUUGACAACCGGUGACUUUGGAUGUUACACCCCAGACGCUUCCCCUGAAACUAGCGAACUCAUUCAAGGGUUUGUGGCUGAAGGUCCUGUGUUAAACGUUAAAAAUGUUUUUGACCAGAUCGGAAUAUGACAGAGGUGUGAACACAUUCUCGCCUGAGGGAAGAUUGUUCCAGGUUGAAUAUGCCAUAGAGGCAAUAAAAUUGGGCUCCACAGCCAUUGGUAUCCAGACAUCAGAGGGGGUGUGUCUGGCUGUGGAGAAGAGGAUCACCUCUCCCCUGAUGGAGCCCAACAGCAUUGAGAAGAUCGUGGAGAUUGACAGUCACAUCGGUUGUGCCAUGAGUGGCUUGAUAGCUGAUGCCAAGACUCUUAUUGACAAAGCAAGAGUGGAAACACAGAACCACUGGUUCACUUACAAUGAGACAAUGACAGUGGAGAGUGUGACUCAGGCUGUAUCCAACCUGGCGCUGCAGUUUGGAGAGGAGGACGCUGACCCUGGUGCCAUGAGCCGACCCUUUGGUGUAGCGCUUCUGUUUGGUGGAGUUGAUGAAAAAGGACCCCAGCUGUACCACAUGGACCCAUCAGGAACAUUUGUGCAGUGUGAUGCUCGGGCCAUCGGAUCUGCUUCUGAGGGAGCACAGAGCUCUCUGCAAGAGGUCUACCACAAGUCCAUGACAUUAAAAGACGCCAUCAAGUCUUCUCUCACCAUUCUAAAGCAGGUGAUGGAGGAGAAGCUCAACGCCACCAACAUCGAGCUGGCAACAGUAGAACCUGGUAAGACCUUCCACAUGUAUUCCAAAGAGGAGCUGGAGGAUGUAAUCAAGGACAUCUAGAGCAGAAAAGACUUGGUCUUGGUUUGAGUUCUGGGCAGCAGAGGGGAGGGCGAGGAAGUGUACCUGGGCUGAAUGUCACAACAACGUCAACUUUCCAACAGCACAUUCUCAUUCUGGCUGCAUUCAGAAUCUUUUUGGAUCACAUAAGAGGUUUCUAUUUGCAAUGUGCUAAUUCUUGUCUCUCAGUAUCUGUACACCUCUGUACAUGAGUCUGACCAGCGUUUGAACUGACAGGCAGGAAAAAAGUAGGGGUGGGGGGGUAUUUUUUGUUACGAAUCAAUACUACGAUUAAACUGUUGUAUUCCGAAA